GGCCGGUGGUUCCCGGCCGUCCCCAGUGGUAGCUCAACCAGACCGAGACAGAGGCGUCAUUGGCUGGGUGUUCCGUCCGCCAUCCUCGCCCGUUGGCAGGCCCCCCUGAAGUUUCACUGUUUCAUCCUGCGCCAUCCCACCCCAGUGGCGCCGUGUGCCUUGCGUGCCUGCGCAAGCCGGACAGGGAUCCAUGUCGGCGUUCAUGGCCUUUCACCAGUCAGCGCUCCUUGCGCUCUUGGGCCCAGCGAUUUCACUCGCCCAUCCGCCCCCGCAACCACACAACUCUCUGCUGCCCUUGCGCAUCUUCCAGGGGAAUCGCCUUGUGGUGGGGUGGGAACCAGUCGAUCAGGAACUGCAUUUUUCUCGCCUGGCUGCUUGCGGGAGGCAAAGACUCUCGGUCUAGAAGCCAGGAGAAAUCCCUCAGCGACUUCGAAAUCGCCCAAAUGGCACCGUUGGCUGGUAAUAUUCAUCAUUACACUACGGAUGCCUCGAACGAUUGACGUGGGCAUGGCCAUGCUCGAGCUUGAUAUUCGGAAGAACAAAAAAAGGAUUGCAUUCGCGAACAGACCUAGAGCAAUAUCCGGGCCCGGCUCUUAUCCUAGAUCUGAUAUCGAUCCACCACCUCCUUCAUCAUGUCUACGCAUGAAGAUGUCAGGCUGUUGCCGCUCCCCCUUCCACGCUUUGUUCAUGCUUAAUUAG